UCCAUUCUUACUGCUGAGUUUAUUUCAGAGACAUGUAUAAUUGGAUUACUAGAAGCUGCCAACCAAAUUAUGAUAGGCACAUUUAUUAAUGUUUUCCAUAACCUAUAGUCCUAGAAAUUCUCCUCUUGAUCUCCCACUUUUUCAAUUCAAUUUUUUCCAACACUUCACCAUGACUGUCCUCUCUCUCCUCCUCCUCCUCUUCUCACUCUCUCUCUCCGCCGCACACGGCGGACGAGGCGCCAUCUCCCAAGAUCUUAUCCAUUCUUCUUGUCUUCAAGCAAGUUACCCAACUCUCUGCAUCCGAACCCUCUCCUCCUACGCUGGCGCCGUCAAAACCCCACGAGACCUUGCUCAAGCCACCAUCUCCGUCAGCCUCUCCCUCGCCCAAAACCUCUCCGAGUAUCUCUCCGACAGCCUCCGACAGGCGUCAAGGCAGCAGCGAGCGGCGGUGGAUGACUGCGUGGAUCAGAUUGGGGACUCUGUAGAGGAACUGAGCAACACAUUGGGAGUUCUCCGGCACCUCCCGUGCGGCGACGACCGGCGGAAGUUCCGGCUGGAGAUGGGGAAUGCGAAGACGUGGGUUAGUGCGGCGUUAACGAAUGAAGAAACUUGUCUUGAUGGGUUUAAAGAAGUGGAUGGGGAAGUGAAAUUGGAUGUGAAGAGGAGAAUUUUGAAAGUGGCUAAAGUUACUAGUAAUGCUCUGUUUAUGAUUAAUCGUCUCGACGGUGGAAACCCCACCGGAAGGAAGAUGUUGGGGGUGGCGGUAACAGUGACAAAUGGCGGAGGUUUCACGGCAGUAGAGUAGAGUUUGUGGUACCAUCAUUCAUGCAUCUCGACGACCAUAAUAUAAGAAGAGUUUGAAGUGCGAUAAAUUAUGAUUAAAUGGAAUGUAAUGCAUCUGUUUCUUUUUUCUAUAUGUAUUGUUGGCUAAAUAUAUACAAAACGUAUUGAGAAAAAGAUA